CACUGAGCAUUGAAUAUUGAAACAUGAAAAAGGAACGAAAUGGUCCUCAACCGCUGACCGGCCGAAAGCCUGGCGUUUCCACGCCGCGGAACGUUCUGCAAGCGCUAAGGGAAGGCGGGGGCGGCACGUUUAGGGGCGGACGGUGAGAAAGGAAGCUCCAGCGGUCUCCUUUUGGCAACCAAGCCGUGGGUCAAGUUUCGGCUUCUGGGGCCAGCGGUCGGUCUGGGCGAGGGGCACAGACCCGGAUUCGCAUCCUGGCAGGGCACUGACCGGCCAACCGACGUUGGCCGCGGUGACGACGCUUGGCGCCCGCACCUGCCCUCCGAGGGUACCCCGCUGCCCGCUCCGGGGCGUCCGUGAGGCCGGACUCUUAGGUGCCAGGGCUCCUGGGCGCCGGGCCACGUUUCCCAGGGCCGCUCUCAGUGACGCACCAGCCGGAAGUGACCGUGUUGUGGCGGAAGGAGGCGCUUUCUGGGAGUAGCCGGUGCUGAGUGAACCGUGGCCGGCAAAGAUGAUUCAGGCGAUUCUGGUUUUCAACAACCAUGGGAAGCCGCGGCUAGUCCGCUUCUACCAGCGUUUCCCAGAGGAAAUUCAACAGCAGAUUGUUCGAGAGACUUUCCAUCUAGUCCUCAAGCGAGAUGACAACAUUUGUAACUUCUUGGAGGGUGGAAGUUUGAUUGGUGGCUCUGACUACAAACUGAUCUACCGGCACUAUGCUACCCUCUACUUUGUAUUUUGUGUGGAUUCUUCAGAGAGUGAACUUGGAAUCUUGGACCUCAUCCAGGUUUUUGUGGAGACUCUGGAUAAGUGUUUUGAAAAUGUGUGUGAAUUGGAUUUGAUCUUCCAUAUGGAUAAGUGCAAUUGCUGGGUCAUAGAUGAGGCUUCUAGAAGGAAGAAACGGGAAGCACAAAGGCACCAGCAGGUACACUACAUCCUCCAGGAGGUGGUAAUGGGUGGGAUGGUGUUGGAAACAAACAUGAAUGAAAUCGUGGCUCAGAUUGAAGCUCAAAACAGGCUGGAGAAAUCCGAGGGUGGCCUUUCAGCAGCCCCUGCACGGGCCGUGUCUGCCGUGAAAAACAUCAACCUGCCUGAGAUUCCUCGGAACAUCAACAUUGGCGAUCUCAACAUUAAAGUUCCCAACCUGUCCCAGUUUGUCUGAGGGUCAAGGAUUGGGCUGAAAUUGAGUCCUUAAGGCAAGCAAAGAUGAGCACAUCUGGAAACAGAACCCAUUUUGAGCCUUAGAAGAGGGAAGCCUGAGAUCCCAGAAUCUUUGUGUCUUGGGAAGACUGUUUGACAUGGAAUGGGGACGGGAUUCCUGUUGACCCAGUUCUCACAUUUGCAGCCAUGCCGCUCUCUGAUGCACACGGCCACUGCAGAUGUGAGGGGCCCUGCCUUCCUCAGCAGGAAGUCAGCGUGCCCAAGCCACUUGGACCUUUACCUCUCACACGGGCGCUCCCAAGGGAAUGUCCUGCUUCCCAGAACCUCCUCACUAGGGCCAAGCCCCUUCUCUCACUAGAGUCUUCAUCCUUAGCACCACAGGCUUCUGAGAUCCCAUGGCCUUCCCUUGCUGGUGAGGGGUCAGAGGCAGGUAGAAAAGGGCUGGCCCUACAGAUCUGGGGAUGUGGUGAGUGGCAAGUAAGGACAGGAUUUUAGGAGAACCAGAGUCACCCGCUGGCUUUACUGAGAUUGUUAUACUCAGAAUCCUUUUGUGUUUCUUUGAGAUAAAGUCUUGCUCUGCUGUCCAGGCUGGAGUGGCAGUGGCAGGAUCUCAGCUCACUGGAACCUCCACCUCCCGGGUUCAAGCAAUUCUCCUGCCUCAGCCUUCCCAGUAGCUGGGAUUACAAGAACCCACCACCACACUUGGAUAGUUUUUAUAUUUUUAGCAGAUAGAGGGUUUCACCAUGUUGGCCAGGCUGGUCUCGAACUCCUGACCUCAAGCGAUCCAGCCGCCUCGGCCUGCCAAAGUACUGGCGUUACAGGCAUGAGCUUCCAUGCCUGGCCUCCAGAAUCCUCUUGUAUUGCCAAACCUUUUGAUUACCACCUCAUGAAGAAGACGCUCCCUGCACUGCCCCAGUCCCACUUCUGUUCUCACAGGUGUUAUGUGCAGGACACAAUCCAAAUCAUAAAGCUAGCACAGACCAUAUUCCUGCUAAUAGGGAAAGGGACCCUCCACACCCACACAUGCCAGUGGUUCCUCCUCACAGAGGCGAGGUCCUGUGACUGUAGCAGGUUAAAGCUGACAACAUGUGGAACAUCCCAGAAUUAUGACUCUUCUCCAGUUUAAAAUAUAUUCUCCUGACAGGAACAGAAGGUU